CUGACAAAAAUAUAUAUUUAAAACAAAAACACUUCUGGAUCCUCCUUCAAAAUUACUCAGAAAAAACGGCUAUUUUUUUUCCUCUAGUGAAUGCAAUACGCUUCCGUAGUUUUAACUUGAAACUUUUUUUUUUUAAUGCCCAAAUUCAUUGCCCCAUCUGUGAUUCGGUGGAAUGACUUGAGUGCGUGCACGAAGACGUGCGCAUCUCGACGCGCGCGCGCUCCAAGGGCACAGGCGGAGCAACGGCUUUUCGGCGUGCGCGCGACCCUCCUUCCUACCUCCUCCUCCACCUGGCCUAGACGCCCACUGGCUCGAAAGCGAGCGCCACCAGCUCCGUACCAGCCACCACCAUGAAGUUUGCAGGUCACGCUUCGCGUGUCCGGACGCUUCCCUUUGCGACCGUAACUUGACUUAAAGUAGUUGGAAAGAAAAUCCAAACAAACCUUCACGUGUUUUUUUUUUUUUUUUUGUGUGUGUUUUGCUUUGGCGUGCGGAGCGUUUCGGGAUGGAUCCAAACUUGGCGCCCCGGAGAGGUUGAUGUUGGGGAGCCCGUCCAACAACGGCGGCGUCGGAAUGCUGGCGCCGCCGCUGCCGCCGCCGCCCGCCGGUGACGAGCGGCGGGUUGAGUUCGUGGCGCUCACCGCCGUGCACACGGAACGCAGCGAGCCGUCCACCCCUGAGCGCGGCUUGCCGUCGCACCGCACCGGGCUUCUGGGCACGCCGCUACCCGGGGCCCCUGGCCCCCGCGCCGGUGCGUCCCAGACCAGCAAGCGCUUCCGCAAGCUCCAGAACUACUUGUACAACGUGCUAGAGCGCCCGCGUGGAUGGGCCUUUAUCUACCACGUCUUCAUCUUUCUGCUGGUGUUCAGCUGCUUGGUGCUGUCUGUCUUCUCCACCAUCCCCGAACACCAGGGGGUUGCCAACCAGGGUCUCUUCAUACUGGAGUUUGUGAUGAUUGUGGUGUUUGGCCUGGAGUACUUCAUCAGGAUCUGGGCGGCGGGAUGCUGUUGCCGAUAUCGCGGCUGGCAGGGACGGCUGCGUUUCGCUCGCAAGCCCUUCUGCGUCAUCGACUUUAUCGUGUUUGUGGCGUCGCUGGCGGUGAUCGCAGCGGGCACGCAGGGCAACAUCUUCGCUACAUCGGCGCUGCGCAGCAUGCGCUUCCUGCAGAUUCUACGCAUGGUGCGCAUGGACCGGCGGGGCGGCACGUGGAAGUUGCUGGGAUCUGUCGUCUACGCUCACAGCAAGGAGCUGAUCACGGCGUGGUACAUCGGCUUCCUGGUGCUCAUCUUCUCCUCUUUCCUGGUCUACUUGGCCGAGAAGGACAAUACUGACUUCAGCAACUAUGCAGACUCCCUCUGGUGGGGCAUUAUAACGUUGACCACCAUCGGUUACGGCGACAAGAUCCCUCGCACUUGGCAGGGUCGUCUGCUGGCAGCUGGUUUUGCUCUCUUGGGCGUCUCCUUCUUUGCCCUGCCUGCUGGAAUUUUGGGCUCAGGCUUUGCCUUGAAGGUUCAGGAGCAGCACCGCCAGAAGCACUUUGAGAAGCGACGCAUGCCCGCCGCCAACCUCAUCCAGGCCGCGUGGCGUCUCUACUCGACCGACGCCAAGCACUCGUACCUGACGGCCACCUGGUACUUCUACGACAGCAUGCUGCCUUCCUUCAGAGAACUGACACUACUGUUCAGUCACCUCCAGCGGCAGCGGAAUGCCAGCAAGAAGGCGCCGCCGCCGCCAUACAGCGCCAACUUCAACCACAUGCCGCUGUCAGGGCUGCGGCCCUACAGCGCCCCCUAUAUGUCGGGGGACAGGAGGGCCGAAGAGCCGCGCAGUCAAGUCCUUGCAAAAAAGCGAGGUCUCUUCCGGAUUCAUGCCGGACGCAAGCAGAGCAGUAAACUGGGCUUCCGGGACAGGAUCCGGAUGAACAACUCCCGCUCGGCGCAGGUGAUCCGGAACAAGGCAUCGCCCCAGGCGCCCGGCCUGGCCGUGAGGCACUCGCCCAACCAGGAGAACGUCCCUGAGGCGGCCAGCCCCGGGAAGGUGCAGAAGAGCUGGAGCUUCAAUGACCGCACUCGCUUUCGGACGUCGCUGCGGCUCAAGGCCAGGCCUCCCGUUGACGUGGAGGGUCUGGGCGAGGACAGCGUGGACGACAGAGGCUACUGCGACAUUGCCAUGGACGAGGUCAUUCCCGCCGUCAAGACGCUCAUACGAGCCGUCAGGAUUUUGAAGUUCCUGGUGGCCAAGAGGAAGUUCAAGGAGACGCUGCGUCCGUACGACGUGAAGGACGUCAUCGAGCAGUACUCGGCGGGACACCUGGACAUGCUGGGCCGUAUCAAGAGCCUGCAGAUGCGGGUGGACCAGAUCAUCGGGCGAGGUGCCGUCCAGGCCGAUAAGAAGGCGCGACCAGAAAAGGGCGAGAAGACGCCGCCGGAACUGGAGUCUCUGGAUGAGCUGAGCAUGAUGGGACGUGUGGUCAAAGUGGAGAAACAGAUUCAGUCCAUUGAGAACAAGCUGGACCUCCUGCUCAACUUGUACUCAUCUUGCCUGAAAAAAGGCUCGUCGUCUCAGUUGGCGCUGUCCUCGCUGUUGCUGGAUGCCGACCUGACGUCGGACUACCACAGCUCAACGGACCAAAGAGACCUCUUCCCCUCCGCCAACACCCUCUCGCAGUCCGACAGCGCCACCUUGGAGUCCUAGCCAGACACUCUGGGUUUGUUUUUUUUUUUUUGUUUUGUUUUUUUCUUGGGACCCUCCAGAGGGCUCUGCUGGACCGAGAGCCACCCAUUGCACGCCUCUUGAGGAUCAACACUAGCUUGCAAAAUAGGAGUCCCACCCAGUCCCUCAAGGUACACUGAAUAGAAAUUGCACAGGUAUGGUCUCAAGGGUAUCAAAACAAAGGUACUUUUUUUUUCUUUUUUUAAACAAAGGUACUCUUUUUUUAAUCAUACUGUGAUGAAUGUAAGGCUCUUAGCCCACAUGCAAAAAAAAAAAAAAAAAAGAAAAAAAAACAUCACUCCAUGUUUGGCAUCAUGCACGCCGAAGCCAUGUUUACGUAUUUGCGGCAUUAUGACACGCGACUCAAAGAACAAUGUUGCAUGUGGUAGACGAAGGCGCUUGUUAGGGCGCUCGGCGGAAAGGUGUGCCUUCUGUCACGCCGCCGACCCACACAUUGAUGUUACGUCUGGUAAAAAAAUGAAGAAAAUGUAAAAAAAACAAAACAAACACAUUUUCUUAACAGAACAACAAGCACCAAUUGACUUUUUCCAAUGGUGAUUUUAGGCACACCCGCACUGCUUGGUUUUCGAGAUCCACUAAAAUAACUGCCAUUACAAACAUCAAAAUUCUGUAGGAAAUACCAUACCUCAAUUAAUAGUCACGUGUUUCACGGUAUAUUUUCACUGUCUUCAUUUAUACUUGGGGUGGAAAAUAACAACACAAACAAAUGUGCGCUUUUCCUUCAUGAUAAACACCUUACCUCGCAUCAACCCCAUGAAGUUGAGUAAAUGAAUACCUCGAGCUUAUUUCAGGAAUCAAGGCAGGACUAUUUCAUUGGAUCUCGUCAUGUUAUUGCACAGGUGUGCCUCAUAAAAUGGACAUCACCAAUCAUAACCCAGCGGGCAUGGCGCAACUACCUCUGAGGCCACUGGAGGGCACUAAAAGCGUGCGAGAGCGAGCGAUUGCCUGCCUGAAUGCAUUUGCAUGUCUUUUUCGCUUUCUUUUUUUUUCCCCUUUCUUACUCUGCACGUUCUCUCGCUCUUCACGUCACCCUCCCACUGACUCGCUGCCAUUUCGACAUUCCAGCUUCACACGGUCCUCCUAAUAGCGAUCAGACACCGAAGAAAGCAAUAAAAUGCUAAGCUAGCGAUGCUAAGCUACGCUACUACAGUCUUCCACCUUCCAGCGAUGUAGCCGAUUUCCGCACAGGACGAUGAUGAUGAUGAUGAUGUGCGUCUGCCGAGAGUAGAAGUAGUUCACGUGACUAACUUAUUAAUUUAUUUGUUUCAAUAAAAGAUCUUUAGACUGUA